AUGAUGAACAAACACAAGCCGUGGAUCGAGACGUCCUACCACGGUGUGAUCACAGAGAACACUGACGUUGUGCUGCUGGACCCCCCCCUGGUGGCCCUGGACAAGGACGCCCCCGUCCCCUACGCAGGUGAGAUCUGUGCGUUCAAGAUCCACGGGCUGGAGGCCCCGUUUGAGGCGGUGGUGCUGAACGGGACGUCGGGCGAGGGCCAACUGAGGGCCCGUGGUCUGGUGGACUGUGAGCUCCAGAAGGAAUACACCUUCAUCAUCCAGGCCCACGACUGUGGCGCCGGGCCGGGGGGCUCUGGGGGCAAGAAGUCCCACAAGGCUGUGGUGCACAUCCAGGUGAACGACGUGAACGAGUUCCCCCCGGUGUUCCGGGAGCCCCAGUACCGGGCGGCCGUGACCGAGGGCAAGAUCUACGACAGCAUCGUCCAGGUGGAAGCCACCGACCAGGACUGCUCGCCCCAGUACAGCCAGAUCUGCAACUACCACAUCACCACCUCCGACACACCCUUCGCCAUCGACCGCAACGGUAACAUCAGGAACACAGAGAAGCUGAUCUACGUGCAGCAGCAGUAUGAGAUCCAGGUCACAGCGCUGGACUGCGGUCAGAAGGCGGCGGCCCAGAGCGUGUCUGUCCACAUCGACGUCAAGCUCUGCAAACCUGGCUGGCAGGGCUGGAACAGGCGGGUGGACUACGAACCAGGGACGGGCAGCAAGCAGUUGUUUCCCAAGAUGCACCUGGAGACGUGCGGCGGGCCCCUGUCUUCCGUGAGGACCACGGUGGAGCUCCAGACCAGCCACAUCGGCAAGGGCUGCGACCGCGAGACCUACUCCGAGAAGUCCCUGCAGAAACUGUGCGGAGCCUCCUCUGGCAGCACCGACCUUCUCCCCGCCCCCAGCGCCUCUACCAAUUGGACGGCGUCCCUGGUGACAGACAGCGGGCGGGACAGUGACUUGAUCUUCCGCUUUGACGGGCGCCAGGCAGCCAAGAUCCCAGACCAGGUGGUGCCCCAGAACCUGACGGACCAGUUCACCAUCGCCACGUGGAUGAAGCACGGCCCCACCCCAGGACUGAGGGCCGAGAAGGAGACCCUUCUCUGUAACUCUGACAAGACUGAGAUGAACCGCCACCACUACUCCCUUUACGUCCACAACUGUCGCUUGGUCUUCCUGCUCCGGAGAGGCUUCACCCAGGUGGACAUCUUCAGACCGGCCGAGUUCCACUGGAAACUGGAACAGAUCUGCGACAAGGAGUGGCACUACUACGUCAUCAACGUGGAGUUCCCCCUGGUCACGCUCUACGUGGACGGGGUGACCUACGACCCCUACCUGGUGACUGACGAUUGGCCGAUCCACCCCUCCCAGAUUGACGUGCAGCUCACAGUGGGAGCGUGCUGGCAAGGCGGUGAAGUGACGAAGCCUCGCUUCACCCAGUAUUUCAGGGGCAGCCUGUCAGGCCUGACCAUCCGUCCAGGGAAGAUCGAGAGCCAGAAGGUCAUCUCCUGUCUGCAGGCCUGCAAAGAGGGACUCGACAUCAACUCACUGGAGAGCCUGGGCAAGGGGAUAAAGUUCCACUUCAACCCUGCCCAGUCUAUCCUGGUGAUGGAGGGGGAGGACCUGGAGAACAUGAAUGCAGCGUUGAGGAAGGUCUCCUACAUCAACUCCCGCCAGUUCCCAACGCCAGGGAUCAGACGCCUUCACAUCUCCAUCAUCUGUCCAGUAAGGUGUUUCGGCGAGGACACGUGUAUCUCCAUCCCGGACAUCGGCGUGGUCAUGGUGAUGCAGCCCAGCGAGCCCCGCAUUACCAUCACCGGGGCGGAGCGCCUCGUCCGGCCCCGCCUCCGACCUGAGGGGGGCCCCGCGGGCCUGCCCCUCUUCCAGGACCUCCACAUCAGCAGCACCGUCACCAAGGGAGACGCCUCCGCCCACCACACAGCCCACAAGCCAGGGGUCCUGGAGGAGAUCAUCCAUAACCUGGACUACUGUGAUGUGCUGGUGCUGGGGGAGGAGCUCCGGGCAGAGCAGGAGAGUCUGCAGCUCCACCGCAGCUCCCUGCUGGGGAAACAUCUCGACGCCACCAACUCCUCCUCUGGGAUGUCCAUCUAUGGUGUGGACUCCAUGUCUAAUUACGAGCAGGUGAUCAGGCAGGUGCGCUACCACAACUGGCGUCCCGCCCAGACCAGCGACCGGAAGUUCCGCCUCACCUGCUCCGAGCUCAACGGCCGCUACACCAGCAACGAGUUCACCCUAGAGGUGAGCAUCCUACACAGUUCAGAGGCUGGGGAGCAUGUCAAUCACAUGGUGGCCCAGCCCCAGUAUAUGCAAGUGGUCCAUCAUUCCUCCAUGGUCCACAAUCUUUACCCUUCCCAUAACUCAGGUGUUCCCAGCGCAGCGACCGUGGUGAUAGUGAUGUGUAUCGCUGCCCUGGUGGUGGUGGUGGUGCUGGGCAUCUACCGCAUCCACCUGACACACCAGCAGGACAUGAAGGCCUCCAGCAAGGCCCAGGGGGGCGGCCUGGACUGGGACGAGGCUGCCCUCACCAUCACUGUCAACCCUAUGGAGACCUUUGAGGAGCCCCAAGUUGCAGAGGAGGAGGUUAGCGAGGAGGAGGAGGAAGACGAGGAAGAGGAGGAGGAAGAGGACGACAUCACCAGCGCCGAGUCGGAUGACAGCGAAGAGGAGGAUGUCAGAGUUCCCAGGGUGCAACAGGGAAACAAAAGGGUCCAGCCUGACUGGGAGAAAUCUACAUAAACCUAUUAAAUAUAUAAAUAUAUAUACACACAUACAAAUACAGUCACGCACACACUUACAUCUACAUACUCAACCCUCAAUUCAAUACAAUAGGCUGUAGAAGACUUAAUUGUGGCUUUAAAGAUGGGGUGAUAUCUCCCCCUACUGGUGAGAAACUGAAACCUAUAUAAAAUAUUGAAUUUGCAGUUCACAAAUACACACAGGUGCACGUACACACACACACACACCCACACAUACACACACACACACACACUUGUCCAGACUCCAGCCUGUGCUUCAUUUGAAGGACUUGGUACCUUUAUUUCAAAUGUACUUUAUUGCGAAAUACAAUACUCAGAAAUACUAUCCAUAAUACUACCCAAAUAUCUUGAGUACUCAAGAUACCGUCAAUAAGGCUCUCUGCCAGUUACUCAGACCCAUCACAAUGGCUUACCUAUCCGUGACAGAUAACCUGUCCUUUUAUACUGAGACUGUGAGGAAAAGAUACUAUUACAUGUGAAAAUGUACUGCUGAAAUGUUGUCAAACAUGUAUUCUUCGCCUACGUCUUCAGGGUACAAACAUCUCCUCAGAAUUGUUUGUUCUGUGGUCCUUUUACUCUUGGUUUCUCCCCAGUUGAUUAUGCUAAUGUAAGUUGAGAUUUAGGGAGCUUCUAUUGUGUCUAUACCAUACAUUGUGUCCGAUGUAUCAGAUGGCAUGGAAAUUGAAAAUUAUCUUUACUGAAGAAAAAAAAAAAUUCAGAUUGAUUUGCAGUAUUUUAAUACCUGAAAAUAUUUUUGGUUCAUUGCAAUGGAAUAUAUAUUUUAUUUUAUCACUGAUAAUUUCAAGCCUGGAUGUGGCAGUCCAGGUGUGAAAGUGAAGAAAUAUAUAGUGUAAUUAAAAGGCACUAUGAAUAGUGAAGCAUUUUAUUGUGAUCGAUUGGACUUGCUACUGCAAAAUAUUGUUCUUACCCAGUGGAGGUGGAUAACUUUUUUUGGUUCUGUUUUUUGGACACAAUGAUCGAGGAGAAUCCUUGUACAUUUUUCUACGCUCCUCGUUGUAAAUAGUGGCUAGAGUAGGUGACCCCCGCCCUAAACCUGGCAAGCCCUGACCAGCUCCAUCUGUAUGUAUGCACAAUGAAGCCCCGCCCCCCAUCUGUAUGUACAAACACUCACCAAUCCCUGCCCCUACUAUUCUGUACAUAUUCACCAAAAUCCCACCCCCUUCUAGAUUUCGAUGUCUUAAUCAUUCCAAAUUGCUUCAAUUUGGGUGGGGUUCUUUCUCCAGAAACGGAACAAACUUUUACCAGAAAUUUUGAUUUGAAGUAAAGAAAUUAUCCCAUUUAUCUAGAAAAAUGAUCAUGGAAAGAUUCAGUUCACUUGUAGUGAAUUCCACGACUUUCACUGUCUCGUUUCUAAACUUUGUGGGCAUUUUACUGUGUCUUUCUCUAGUCUAAGUCAAUAACCAUAGUUCUCCAUACUACAUCCAAUAGAACUUAAUGGUCCUGCCUUGAGGGGAGAAGGUCUGAGACAGGCCUCUGGAGGGUUCUGUUCCUGAGCAGAAUCCCUCAUCUGACACGGCAGGGUGGUGCUGUGUAGAGAAGCACAAGCUUCCAACUAUCUAAUCAAGCGAGGCCCCAGUAUCUGGUGUCUAUGUCAUCUGUGAGGCACUAAUGACAUUUACACAAUAAUCUACACACUUAAUCUUUCUCCGUCCCCUGAAUUUAUGAUCCCCUGUUCUCUUUCUCCUCCCUUCUACAGUGCAAGCAGAGAAACCCCUCUGCUCUCUCUUUAAGACUAGUACCUUGUGUAUAGAUACAUGUUCAUGUAAAGUUCUCUAAUGUUGUUUAGGGUCCCCCUCAUCCCCUGUGGCACCUGUUCUUGUGACGUCACCGCCCCGCCCCCUUUAUCCCUCAGUGGACUUUGCAUCAACCCCCUUUCCUAAUGUUCUCCCAAUGUUUGGUUUAGAAAAGGAGAAAGGUGGAAAAUACACUUUAUGAACCUUGUAAAAUGUGUCAAACCUAUUUUUGUUUUUUUCCUCAACUUUUUUUUUUCCUUUGGUCUGGUUUUCCUAGUUUCCUUGGGAUGGUCACUACAGCACUUUCUGUAAAUUGGCCAAUAAAGACUUGUUUUAGAAUUGA